AUGUCUCUACCCCCGAUUGCAACGGCAACCUUGCAGGCUGCGCUCGUAAAUGCGGGUUCGAAUGUCCUUGCGCAAGGAAUCAGAGCAUGGAGAGAUCAGACACCCUUCGAACUUGACCUCCAGGCCUUGUUCCAGUUCACGACAUGUGCGUUUGCACUCUCGCCGCUGACGUACGUCUGGCUUGAGGGCCUGGAAUCGAGGUUUCCGGGCUCGAGUGAGGAUACGUCUGUCACCAAGUCUACUGCUGAGAAGAAUGGCUCGAAGCAGGGGAAGCAAAAGUUGAACGUGAAGAAUAUCGUAGCAAAAGUCGUGAUUGAUCAGACAGUCGGCGCCGCGAUCAACACUGUCGCCUUCAUUAUGACGAUGGGGCUUUUACGGGGACAGGAUUUUGAGGUCGUCAAGGCACAGAUUCAGAAUGACUUUUGGCCCAUCAUGCUUGCUGGAUUCAAGCUCUGGCCUCUUGUAUCGAUUCUCAUCUUCACGGUUGUACCCGCAGACAGGCGAUUGCUUGUUGGUAGUUUGUUUGGCGUCAUCUGGGCGGUUUAUCUGAGUCUGAUGUCUGGGUGA